GCGGAGGCGAGGGGGUCCUCACAAGACCGAACCAGCCACAGAUCUGAGCCGCUGGAGGCUGACUAAUGUGGAGGGCAGGCAGACCUGGUGCUACGUGGAAGACCAGGACACCCCAGACAGAGAGCAGAGCAUGCUGGAAGCCCAUUCUCUAGGACUGGACACUAGUAAGUUUGUGGCCGACUCUCCUGCCGUCCACACUGCUGUGGAUGCUGCUGUGAAAGGAAUGAACUUCUACAGUCGCCUCCAAGGAGAGGAUGGCCACUGGGCAGGGGACUAUGGUGGGCCUCUCUUCCUGCUCCCAGGUCUCCUCAUCACGUGUCACGUGGCUAAGAUCUCUCUGCCUGAGGCCUGGAAAAAGGAGAUGGUGAGGUACCUGCGCUCGGUUCAGCUGCCAGAUGGAGGCUGGGGUCUACAUAUUGAAGAUAAGUCUACUGUGUUUGGCACUGCACUGAACUACACCUCAUUGAGGAUCCUGGGAGUGGAUCCUGAUGACCCAGAUAUGGUUCGUGGCAGGAACAACCUCCAUAGCAAAGGUGGUGCUGUUGGGAUUCCAUCAUGGGGUAAAUUCUGGUUGUCUAUUUUAAACGUCUACAGCUGGGAGGGGAUGAACACAUUACUACCAGAGAUGUGGUUGUUCCCCACCUGGAUGCCAGCCCACCCCUCCACCCUGUGGUGUCACUGUCGUCAGGUCUACCUGCCCAUGAGUUUCUGUUAUGCUGUCAGGCUGACUGCAGAGGAAGACCCCCUGGUUCUCAGCCUCAGACAGGAGCUGUAUGUCCAGGAUUAUUCCACCAUUAACUGGCCUGCUCAGAGGAACAAUGUGGCAGCAUGUGACAUGUACACACCUCACAGCACACUGCUGAACUUCGCCUACAUGGUUUUGAAUGUGUAUGAAGCCCACCACAGCACCACACUGAGAGAAAAGGCUGUCAAAGAGCUGUACGAACACAUCCAGGCUGAUGACCGCUUCACCAAAUGUAUCAGCAUCGAACCGAUCUCCAAGACUAUCAAUAUGCUGGUUCGCUGGCAUGUCGACGGUCCCUCCUCACCAGCUUUUCAGGAGCAUGUGUCCAGGAUCCCCGACUACCUCUGGUUGGGAUUGGACGGCAUGAAAAUGCAGGGAACAAAUGGAUCUCAGCUCUGGGACACUUGUUUUGCUGUUCAGGCUUUUCUUGAGGCAGGAGCCCAAAAAGACCCUAGACUGGCAGGGUGUCUUUGUGAAGCCCAUCACUUUCUCACCAUCACUCAGAUACCCGAGAAUCCUCCUGAAUACCAGAAAUACUACAGACACAACAGCAAGGGAGGUUUCCCCUUCAGUACUCGUGACUGUGGUUGGAUCGUGGUUGACUGCACUGCAGAGGGCCUGAAGUCCCUGAUGCUGCUGGAGGAGCUCUGUCCCUCCAUCAGGGAGCCCGUCCCCACCGAGCGUCUGUAUGAUGCUGUCAAUGUGCUGCUGAGCAUGAGAAACACAGAUGGUGGGUUUGCCACAUAUGAAACUAAGAGAGGAGGGAGACUCCUGGAGCUGCUCAACCCCUCUGAGGUAUUUGGCGACAUAAUGAUAGAUUAUACAUUCGUGGAGUGUACCUCGGCAGUAAUGCAGGCUCUGAGGCACUUCCAGAAAAACUACCCUGAUCACCGUGCUGAGGAGAUUAGGUCCACUCUAAGAGAUGGACUGGAGUACUGCAGAAAGACGCAGAGACCUGAUGGGUCCUGGGAAGGCUCCUGGGGAGUGUGCUUUACAUAUGGAAUCUGGUUUGGCCUUGAAGCUUUUGCCUGCAUGGGCCACAUCUACAAGAAGGAGGAUGUGUGUGAGGAGGUUCAGAAAGCUUGUCAGUUCCUGCUGGACCGGCAGAUGUCGGACGGAGGGUGGGGGGAGGACUUUGAGUCGUGUGAGCAGCGUCGUUACAUCCAGAGCAGCACUGCUCAGACCCACAACACCUGCUGGGCUUUGUUAGGACUCAUGGCUGUGAGACAUCCCAACCAGCAGGCCAUAGAGAGAGGCGUUCGCCUCCUGAUUGAUAAGCAGCUGCCCAAUGGAGACUGGCCACAGGAGAACAUUGCAGGCGUGGCCAACAAGAGCUGUGCCAUUAGCUACACCUCCUACAGAAACGUCUUCCCAGUCUGGACUCUGGGUCGCUUCUCACAGCUUUACCCCAGCAGUCCACUGGCUGGGAAGGUGAAGCUGUGACCACCUUCAGAGAAAACUUCAGACUAUAAUCCAGGAUGAGAGGACUAAAUGUCUUCAGCUAAUGCAGAGAAGGACAGCAUAGUUUGUGAUUCGGAGAAUGUGAACCAAGGACACAUCAGCUGUUUCCAGGAAUGAAUUCACCAGAUAACACAUUUUAUUCUGUGAAAUAUUUUCUGAUAACAUUCCAGUAUGAUUUAUCCACCAAAUAUACUCCUUGACAUAUAGUGAUAAUCGACUUCUUCUGUGUUAUCAUCCUUAUUUUUGAUCUGAAUGAGUCUCAGUUGAUGCAUUCAGAGCUUUCUUCUUAAGACUUUCUUGAUUUGUGGUUCUCUAAUAUUCCAAAUUUUAGUACUUAAAGACUUGACUCAAGCAACAAUUACAGCUUGUUUAGGUGUGUUAAAUGUGUUCUUCAUAUGUCCUAAAAUGACAUUACACAGUUACACUGUGAUUACAUUUUCACAGACUUCUUAAAUAUCUUGUUCAAAGGCCUAAAAAAUAAGGUUAAUUCUGAGCCUCAAGUUUAUUUGAGAUCUAAUCCAACUUUAUUAAUGUAGCACUUAAACACUGAAAAAAGGAAUUGAUUGUAUAACUGCCUUGACUGUCAAGCUUUAACUCAAAGUCCAUUUUAACACUGAGCUUUUUCAAUGAUUGGCUUGUUGGACUGAGAAAAGGAAACCAUAUAUA